CCCGCAUCAGAGUACUUCAUCUCCUCGUCUCACAACACCUAUCUAGUCGGACAUCAGCUUAUCGGCGAUAGCACGAUUGAAGGCUACAUCCGAGCUCUUUUGCACAGUUGUAGGAGUGUCGAAUUGGACAUAUUCGACGGCGACCAUGAGCCUAUGAUCUUCCAUGGCAAGACACUUACCACCAAGGUGUCCCUCCGGGAAGUCUGCCAGGUGAUCAAGAAAUAUGGGUUUGUCGCCUCGCCUUAUCCAAUCAUUCUGUCCGCGGAAGUUCACUGCUCGGUGGCCCAGCAAGAUAUGAUUGCUGCGAUCAUGAUCGAGGUGUUUGAGGACACUUUGAUUCAGGAACCACUAGAGGAGCUGGCGGAGGGGCGGAGGAUUGAGGUGCUUCCGAGCCCCGAACAGUUGAAGGGGAAGAUAUUAUUGAAGCGUCUUCAUCGUCCGCCUCUUCCACGUUCCCCAGCACCAUCAUCCCCUCAUCUUCCCGCAAUCCCCAUUUCUCCCGUUCCGAUCGAGACUACUUUGAAACCCCCAAACACAAUUUCCGCCAGACGCCCAUCUGAUACAUCUGAACUUUCCCGACCGAAACCCAAAAUGUCGCCAGCACUUGUGGCAUUGCUGGUAUACACUGUCGGUGUCAAAUGUCGCGGAAUUAACAAGAAGGAGGAGUAUGCCCCAGUGCAUAUGUUCUCACUGUCUGAGAACGCGGCGAACAAGAUGCUGAAGUUUGGGAUGAUGGACUUGGUGAAGCACACGCGAACGCAUAUGGUCAGGAUCUACCCCAAGGGCACGAGAGUGAGUUCGACGAACUAUGAGCCUCAUCGAUUCUGGUGUGCCGGUGCCCAGCUUGUUGCGAUGAAUUGGCAAACGUUUGGUAUGCUCCCCUUGCGGAACGGACGAUCUGGGUUCGUGUUGAAGCCUCUUGCGCUUCGUAUAGGAUCCAAGGACCUUCUUUCAAAGCGUACACAACACCGUUUCGACGUCACUAUUAUCUCUGCACAACAGCUACCCAGGCCAAAAAACGCCUCAGGGCACGAGAUUAUGGACAAAACGAAUGCAGUGAAGAAUAAUGGGUUUAACCCGGUGUGGGAGGAGAAGUUGCGGAUACCGUUUGAGUGUGUGGGUGAUAUGAUGGAUUUGGUUUUUGUGAGCUUAGAGCAUGGUAUGUUCUCUCGAUAUCAUCUAUAUUGCAGGGAGAACUCAUGUGGUUGGGCAGGUUAUCGACAUCUUCCCCUGCAUGAUUCACAACUGUCUCAGUACCUGUUUUCGACGCUGUUCGUCAAGAUCAAUGUUACUCUGGUAGAAGUAUGA